UGGUGGAGGUGCCAUAGGUGGUGGUGGUGGCACUGUCGACGGUGGAUGAUGCUAGCAGCGCUGCCGUUAAAAGCUUACCGUCACCCGGCUCGAAUUAGACCUCCUGAAAUAGCAGCCGAGUUAUUGCCGGCACUAUGGACCAGCCUGGACGCAUACCUCGCUAUCGUGCACGUAGUGAUCGCGGUAUACGCGGCUACUUCCGGUACCGGACACGGAUACGCGCGUGUCCACCUCUUGGCACUGCCCUCACGCCUAUGAAACGCCGUCGCCUUUGUGGAGUUGAUGCCUCAACAUCUCGUGCGACCGGCACACCUGGCCGUAGCCGCAUCAAUGAAAAACGGUAGCUCGUAUCCGGGAUUUUACGUUCCAGUAACUCCGUUGACCAGCAUUCCGUGGGUUGCUUUUAUUGUGAAUAGGAGGAUGUGAGUCAGGUAUACAUGUGAUGAAACACGAAAAAGUUUCCGGAGAGCUUGGCGACGUCACCGUUUGUGCAGCCAUCGAAGUCUCCCGCGUGCCAUCGGGCAUACCUCGCGAUCCACGCUCACGUGUCACGUCUCGUGUCGUCAUCCGGGAUCAUCGAUCGCCGAUCCGCCGAAAUAAAACGCGUCAGACAUGCACUUUAAAGCGCGGAGCCGCGUUUUCCUGCCUCAGCUGAUCGGGAAUACCUUUUGUCCCUCUUCACCUCGGCCACUUGGAAUGAGUGGUGGUGGUGGUUGGCCGAUUCCUUGCUCAGCCCCACCUGGCCGUCUUUCUCUUUCAUACUCCCCUCUUGAAUAACCAACUCUCAAGUCCCCUCUACGCUCCAUGACUGGAGAUCGCUUUCGAAGACCCGUUAACCUACUGUGGGCCUUAGUGUUCGCGCUGCCUUCGUGCCUUCCAUGUUGAUGGCUCAGAUGCACGUUUCGUGUGCACCUCGGUUUCACAAUUAAUCGUCCUUGGACAUUGGUAGCCAGAGGCGACCUAAGGGAAAGCCACUGAUGCCAAGCGGUUUGCAAAGAGAACCGGAACUAGCCGGUUCCCUCAGGAUCGAAGAGAAGAUUGAAUCGAGAAGAUGAAGGGGUGGUUCGACGCAUUUCGAAUCGACGGUGGACCCACGUUGUACAGUUACAGUAAUCGCACACCCGUCACGGGAGAUGUUCCUCUGGUGAUCGUGUUCGUCGUCUUCGGCACCAUUUUCACCGCAUUCUUAGUCAUAUUUCCUGGGAUACGAAAAGAGCGUUUUAGCACGUUCCUCACGGUGACCUUGAGCCUUUUUGUUGGAGCCUCGAUUCAAGUUGCUCAGUAUGGAUCCUCCUGGCACACGAGCUCCGCGACUAUCGUCAGCACGUACAGUGCAUUUUCAAGGCAGAAAACCGCCGCUGAAAUUGGCGGAUAUAUCGGUUUGAUGCACAUAAACAUCACGUACAGAUUGUUACCAAGUAGUGAAAAUCCAAUGGACGACGUGGAAUACAAUGAAAGAUUUUGGUGGAGAAGCACAGGAGAGAUGACAAGCGCUUUCAAACAAGCACUGAACCAGGGAGCACCUUUUCCUAUCGUUUCUCUAGCCGAAUAUUUUAGUCUUCACCAAGAAGGUUUCUCCUGGGGAAGCAAGUAUCGGCAGGCUGGCUACUACGCAUCGCUCAUGCUCUGGACGUCCUUUGCCUCUUGGGCCAUGAUGAAUCUGUUAUUAAUAGUAGUGCCACGAUAUGGCGCUUAUGGAAUGAUUUUCACAGGGAUCUGUAUGUUAAUCACGAAUUUAGUUUAUUGGGCACUUUUACCUUGCGAGCCUCUGAUAGCACAUGUAGACGGUUCCAUUCUUGCUUUUAAUCUAGGAUGGAAUUAUUGGCUUGUUUUACUAGCUGGUAUUGGAUGUUUAUUCGCUGGAGUGGUGAUAACAGCAAUAGACAUGAUUUUUCCUCAUCAAUUUUCCACCAUAUUAGAAGUUGAUUAUGAUACACCAUAUGAUAGACAUGUUAUUAUAGAAGAAAGUUUCGACACGAGGAAUAUCAGACGCAGACUACCUAAAAUAGAGGAUUCAUUUGGUGAUCGUAUAAUAAGCCAAUUAUCGUCAAAGUUGCAAAAUAGACAUGAUAUCAAAGAGGAAACACAAGGUGUGAUAAAUCGAGGAUAUACGUCGCAUGAGUCUUCAGAAUUUCAUCAUGAAUCUAAUGAUUCAUCAAAAAAUAAUUGGUCUUAUCCAUUUCCAUCAUCUUCUCGUAGAACUAUCAAUAGCUAAUCUUUUUUUGUAAUUAUUAUUUAUAUUUAUCCUUUUAUUGUUAGUAAAUUCCUCAACAUUUAGUUCAUUUAAAACUAUAAAUUUAGCUCUAAAAUUCCUAUGGAGAAAGGAAAGGAAUAAACAGUGAUUUAUAAUAAAAUA